CGGGAAACAAAAGCCAUAACAACAGCCAUUGAAGUUUUGUUUCUUGAGACGGCGACUUCUUUGCGGAUUUUUUGGUUACUUUAAUCUUGUUUUAAAGGGAUAAACAUCACAGCCUACACCAUUGGUUAUCUUUCAUUCACUCAUCCGUUCCUUAUUCGUAAGAUUCCAUUUGGUUUUGCUUGGUUCUUUUCUUGGAUUGAUUUUGGCCAUCUGAGUUUGUUAAUCUUGAAACCCUGCACUUUAUCGUCCAAGCGCUGGCGAUCACUCUAUCUCUGUCUCAGUGGUCACACUUUGAAACACUUCGCUACGUUCCACGGCGUGUUCUAGUCCAAAAAGUACUAGGAUUAAGGUAUUCACAUGUCAGGAGGCUCGAUUGGUCCCGGAUCCACGGGCAGACCCACGCUUCGCAGGGACAUCUCAGAUCAUCAUGGGGAACACAACAUGGAAAAGUCAAAGAGAAAGUCGAAUGCCUACUUGGCCGCAGAGGCUGUUCAGCAGGAGCGUGAUGUUCUCAAAGCUUUGAAACGGCUAUCAAUGAGUGGGUCUUUGACAAUGGACCCUGAUUUACCAGCAGAAUAUGACUUACAGGAUUACCAGAAGAAACAGCAGAGGAAGAGCACUGGCUCCAUUUCGUCGUCGAGCUCCUCGUUCGAUGAUGAUAACGACAGCUCAUUUCUUGACCAUUACGUCAACAAUUCGUUUGAAGGCUUGACGGAUGACGUUGGUGGUACAGACGGCGUCUCUUCUAAGCAGAUUGAUACUGAGAAAUUGCUCUGGGUCCCUGCAAAGGCUCAUCCAAGCAUAGCACCGGACCAGUUCAAGAGACACGUACAGUCUACGCUGGAUGAUAUGACGAAGAAACUGCAUAAGAAAACAAACGAACCAAUACCUUCUUUGAAGGAGUUGACAGAUGAAUUGGAUAAGUUAUCUGAAAUGGCAGGGCUAUCUGCAACAGAUGCGGUUUCAUUGGCUCGAAGCUUAUCCAGUGCAAGCUCUUCUUCAUCAUUUGUAUACUCACCAACGUCUGAAACUUCUGAGGAAGUUAAUCGUCAAUCUGAAGAUGAAAUUGAUCAAGACUCCCCGUUGAUAUAUACCGAUUCAUCGAAUUCAUUGAAGAGAAACAAAUGGACAACUUAUUCAAGAAGAAGACCUCCAAGGUUUGAUAAGAAUAAGCUUGAUAAGGAUAGUCUAGGAAAACAAUCGUUGCUAAAGGAUCCUUCUUCUACUGAAACCAGUGACUCUGCUCUUCAGAAACAGCGUGAGACGCACAAUGAGCUGGAUAAUACGCAACCACAGGAUCUGCAGAAAGAACAGCAGCAACAACAGGUAUCACAGAAGAAGUUACAGCAUCCAUACCGACCAACUCAGAGAUCUGUGUCAUCCUCUGAUGAUUUCAACAACAGAGAUGAGAUCAGUGCUACAAAUCUUCAAAGGUCACAAUCUGAUAUAAGCUCGUCAUCGGCGAUUAAACGGACGAACCACGCAAGAAACAGACAUACUGGCUCAGUUAUUGAUCUGACAGAGAACACCGUACAGUUAGAAUCACAGUCACAGAGUCAUGAAGGAACCAAAGAAUUUCCUCAACAGUCACUGGUGCUCCCACAACAUCAACCUCCUCAGCAGCGGAAAGUAUCACCUUUGAGUCAUGAAGUACAGGAAAGGCCCUCUUUGACUUCAUCUUCAAUGUUAAGUAAGCCAGAUGCCACCGUGAUAUCACAAGACGUUACAGAAGCACCAACUCCAUUGGGUAGCCCAAAGGAGAAAGAAAAGGAGAAGGAAAAAUCUAUAUCAAAGGAAUUCUUGAAUCUGUUCAAGAUGAAGCGUUCACCUUCGCCAAAGCUGAAGGAAAGCAAGAAGAUCAUCACCUCAUCGAAAACAUCUGUUGUUGAUUCUACAUCGGAUUCGAAGAAAUCACCAGAUGACUCGCAACAACAGAGAUCUUCUACCAAGGAACAAAAGGGUUUCAGGAUUCCAUCGCAAAAGUCUGGUCAUCUCCCCUUUAUGAAGAAGGAUGAUAAGACAAAACAACAAAAGACAGUACAAGAAUCAGUCACCGUUGCACCCAAUGAGAUCACACAACAAGACGAACAUCAAUCUCAGAAGCAGCACAAGCAGCAGCAGCAACAACAACAACAAAAGCAACAACAUCAACGACAGUAUCUGUCGACACAACAACACGUACCACAGCAUCCCCAAGUACACCAAGAACAAGCAAGUGAUUACCCUGGUGGCUUGACUGAGGAACAAUAUCACACGAAGAAGGAAUCACUCGCUCGUAAACUAACAGAAUGUACAGAACUGCAAAGAUCAACGAAACCCAAUGCUCCAAUGCAAUUCACCGAUUCUGCAUUUGGGUUCCCAUUGCCUCCAAUGUCCCGUUCCACCAUUGUCAUGUUGGAUUACAGAUUCCCAGUUCAUGUGGAAAGGGCAUUAUACCGUCUGAGUCACUUGAAAUUGGCAAAUCCAAGAAGACCGUUGAGACAGCAAGUUCUACUAUCCAACUUCAUGUAUGCGUACUUGAAUCUCGUGAACCAUACACUUUAUCUUCAACAAUUGGAUGAAGAACAAAAGGACAAUGCAGUUACUACCGGUGGUGGUAUUGAUACACGUACAGAUUUCCACUGAAAUCAUUUGUUCUGGUGAACAAUUUACAGUGAUAUAUGGAAACUGAAAUGAACUCUUCUCUUUCUCUAUUAACGACUCUAAUGUUAUAUUCAUCUUUUACCAAUG